CUGCAGCAUCAAGCUCUCCGCUCGCUACUCGCUCCUGCCUGCGACAGCACAGCAGCGGUGUGGUCGCUCCCGACACAUUAACGGAAAGAAGAAAAACACUCCACACCAACUGAAGGCCUCUGCUACACCGACAACUGCUGCAGUCACAGCGACGACAGAGACAAUAAGCACUCACACAGUUGUUUUCUAAUCUUAGUCGCUGUUUUUUUAUUUUUUAUUUGACAGCCUUGUAACAGAAGAAGAAAAAAAAGCCAGUGCUCAUAAUGGCGACAGCUGCGGUGUCUGCCCCUGCUGGCUGCGGCCCCAGCCCCGGGUCGGGAACGGAGCUGGUCCGCGGGCAGGCCUUCGACGUCGGGCCUCGGUACAGCAACCUCUCCUACAUCGGGGAGGGAGCCUACGGGAUGGUGUGCUCUGCCUAUGACCGGGACAACAAGAUCCGUGUGGCCAUUAAGAAGAUCAGCCCUUUUGAGCACCAGACGUACUGCCAACGCACCCUGAGAGAGAUCAAAAUCCUUCUCCGCUUCAAACAUGAGAACAUCAUCAGCAUCAACGACAUCAUCCGCACACCAACGAUUGACCAGAUGAAGGACGUAUAUAUUGUCCAGGAUCUCAUGGAGACAGACCUGUACAAGCUCCUGAAGACUCAACACCUGAGCAACGACCACAUCUGCUACUUUCUCUACCAGAUCCUACGAGGGCUGAAGUACAUCCACUCUGCCAACGUCUUGCACCGCGACCUGAAGCCCUCCAACCUUCUGCUCAACACCACCUGUGAUCUCAAGAUCUGUGAUUUUGGUUUGGCUCGUGUGGCUGACCCUGACCACGAUCACACUGGUUUCCUAACAGAGUAUGUAGCCACUCGUUGGUACCGAGCACCUGAGAUCAUGCUCAACUCCAAGGGCUAUACCAAGUCCAUAGACAUUUGGUCAGUUGGUUGCAUCCUGGCUGAGAUGUUGUCCAACAGGCCCAUUUUUCCUGGGAAGCACUACUUGGAUCAGCUUAACCACAUUUUGGGGAUCCUGGGUUCUCCCUCUCAGGAGGAUCUCAACUGCAUCAUAAACAUUAAGGCCAGGAACUAUCUUUUGUCGCUGCCUCUGCGCUGCAAAGUGCCAUGGAACCGCCUGUUCCCCAACGCUGAUCCCAAAGCUUUGGACCUGUUGGACAAGAUGUUGACCUUUAACCCUCACAAGAGGAUCGAGGUGGAGGAGGCCCUGGCACACCCUUACCUGGAGCAGUAUUAUGACCCCACAGAUGAGCCUGUUGCUGAGGCCCCGUUCAAGUUUGACAUGGAGCUGGAUGACCUACCCAAAGAGACACUGAAGGAGCUCAUCUUUGAAGAAACUGCACGUUUCCAGCCUGGUUUUAGGUCCUAACAUCUCACACAGAUGAUUCUGUGGACCGGCUUCUGCGUUGCCACUGCUCCUCCUCGCCUCCACACUGUUGCUGUGAUAUAUAUAUUUUUGGGUUUUUUUAAUUUUCCUCUCCUGUUGUCCACAUCACCUGGAUUCCUUGGGUCUCACUCGUCAAGUCCACUUUGCUCAGGAAUGGCGUCAGGAAUCAAUCAAUCAAUCAUUCUCUUGUCUCUCUUUCUUUAAUCUCUUCUCCCUCUCUCGGAGGUGAGAGGUGAGGAGAGGAGGGGGGGGUUGAGCAUCACAGCUUACAGUCUGGGGGGGAGGGGUUGAUUUUGUGUUUUAAGCCAAGAUAAACAAUUUUUUUGUGUGUCUCAAAGGCGUUUGGCUCUGGCUAUUCCUAUUCAAGACCUUUUAUGUCCAGUUGAAUGACAGUGAUAGACUAGCUGUUGUAGUCUUUUUUUGGGGGGUGGGGGGUGCGGGUGCAACUGUCGUGGUUACAACUCUGCCUACAUUGCACAAACAAGCAACGGUAGAUUACUUAUAAGAAUCAUCCAUCAUGAAAAAAGGGGUCUUUUGAAUUUUCUAACCUUUGUCGCACUGUUACAAGGAAUACCUUGAUCUCUAUCUUUAUCUUUUUCUCUCUUUAAAGAAAGAAAAACCUGAAUUAAAUCAACUGAUUUAUGCAAUGAAAUCACAUAAUCAGCCACAGACUUUGCGGGCCAAAAGCCAUCACUUGGUGUUGAGGAUCUAUAUUUUAACAAAGACCUAUUUUAAUCCUUAACACACACACACACACACACACACACACACACACACACACACAGAAGGCCCAAAUGCAAAUAUAUACAUAUAAAUAUAUAUAUAUAGCCCAAAGAGUCUUAAGAGAUGUUAAUGGCAAGAGUGAUGAUAGAAGGUGAAUCUAAUGAAUUUAUAACCUUUUUUCUUUUUGUUAAACACACACAAAUUCCCGUUUUCAUUUCCCAUCGGCUUCAGUAAAAUGUCAGGUUUUGUGUAAAUGCACCAAAUUACAAGUGCGUUGAAACAUUUCACCAUCGAUUUCUGCCUUAGCCAUGAGAAACCUAAAGGAAAAGUCUGUUUAUUUCACACAAGUCUGUACGUACAGUAUGAUAUCUUUCAUGUGGGAGGAAAUUUACUGCGUCAGGACAAGAAUUCACACAGAACCUGUUUUCCGUCUGUUGUCGUGCCUCCUUUUUCUUCCUGUUUCGUGUUUUUCUUUCUACUUCUUCAGUCUCUGUUAAUCUCUCUCUCGCCUUGUUAGAAUAAUACUGUGCCCUUUGCAUGACUGUUAUAAGCUCUGUAUACAAAGACGACGAUGUUAAGUGCCACACAAGCCGGGCAGAUCCGCCGGGAGAGCGCCCAGGCUCUUUCUGUUCUACCUUUUUGUGGUAUAUCACACUUCCCAAUCACAUGGUGCUUUUUGUCCUGUUUCUUUUGCUUCCGCGUUUUCUUCGUCUGUUUUCAUUUUAUUUCCAUUUACAGAUUUCAGUCUCCUUAGCCAAACUCCAUCUUGCAUGCUAAGACGUCUUGUUGUGGUUGCAAAUAGGAGAAUAACCAUAUAUCUGUAUUUAUACCAGUCACGCAGAAACCACAAAACAUGUUGUUUCCUCGGCCUGAGAAAUGGGAUCCAGACAUGAUAGUUGAAACAAUACUCAAACCUAACAGAUCAGGUUUUACAUUUUGUCCGUUGUAAAAAAGCUUUAAAUUGCACAUUUUCAUGCUGAUAACAGUUGGCAGUGUACGUACCAGCUGACAACUGCAGUACAACUACAACAAAACAAAAAAAAAAAGAAAAAGCAGCAGAAGUCAAGACCAUAUUUUUACUUCUUGUCAGUAACUGCUGAUUAAAGACUGUUGAAUUUGAAGAUUUUAUUUCGAGCGAAGGGAAUUAAGACUUUAAAGAUUAUAUAUGUGUAAACUUCGGGGGGAAAACAAACAAGCCAGAAGCUUCAGAGGCUUCAUCAACCAACCGUGUCAUUUCAUUUGAGUAGCACUGCAGCGUCUAAUGGCUGUCAUUUCAGUUUGUUUACAAGUGGGCCUCAAAUAUAUUCUGUUUCAUGGUAACGCCUAGCCUUUGGUUGGGUUACAGUACCGCAGCUUCAAAAGUAAAGCUCGUCUGGUGAUGUGUGAGUGACCUAAUGAAUGAAACAAAGUAUUAUUUAUGACACUAAAGCGUCUCGAAGUAGAUUCAAGUCAAAAUCUACCUGAAAGGAUUCUCCAAGAAUCUUUCUCUGCUGGCACUUAGAGUAAGAAAUUAGAGAUUUGAAUAUAAAAUAAGACAACUUAAGAGCUAUCGAGCUGCAUCGGCUGAUUUUUUUUAUUCUUUCCAGUGACGAUUACAAUGUAUAUGGUCUGACAAAAGUAUUGAGCGAGCUGUAAACUCAUGAUUUAAUGUUUCUAACAGAAGAUGAGUGAACUUUUCUUACUCUACAUUUUCAUACAUGUCAAAAAGUAAGUUUGAGUUGUGUAAACAUUUCUCUCGAGGGCAGAGCUGCUCCGGUCGAAGUAAAUCACGGUGGACAGAGCCAAAGAACCACAGUUUAAAUGUGUGUUUUUUUCUUUGAGCUGGAUAAAUUAUGCUAGCCUGACGCUGAAGAGGGGCUCAGAGAGGAAGCUGAUGCUCUGCUGAAACAAGCCAUAAUUGGUCAGUCAGACGACACCCACCAGUGAUGUCAUGGUGUGCUGACAAACCCAGGAGUGCACUCCUUCGUCACUGCAGCUCGGAGGUCAGCGAAAACAAGAUUCACAGACACUGUUGAGAAGUUAAACUUCGGAUAAAUCUGUACUAUAAAGGUAAAAUAGCUGGCCUAUUCUUUAUUUUACAGGUCUGUAAAUUGGUAAUAUUCUUGAAAGUUUUCUGUAAAGAAUUGUGUCAUUUGGUACUAAUUGAACAGCAUUCACUUUAGCUGCAACAAUAUAUUUUCAUCAUUAAGUGUGUCUGUUAUUUUCCUUUAAUUAAUUGUUUGGUCUAAAAAAAUUCAGAAAAUAGUGACAGUGCCCAUCACAAUUUCCCAGAAGACCUUUUUCAUCCCACCAACAGACCCAAACCCAAAGAUAUCACGUUAUCGAUCAUAUGAAAUUGAAAAAAAAUAAAAUAAUAAUAAUAUCAACAUAUUCUCACAUUUUUGAGAAGCUGUAGCCAGCAAAUGUUAGUAGUAGUCGUAUUUUAGUCACAGACUGUAAAAAAUAAGGGAUGUAGCUAUUGAGAUGUCUACAAUUGGUUUGUGGACUUGUGUUCUGAAGCCUCGACUUCAGCAUUUCCACUGUUGCCAUCUUGGUUUUUUGGAGCCAGAAGUGACUAUAUUUGGGCGAGAGGCUGUCGCUGUGGAGAAGCGAGGGGUGGAUCUGAUUAAAAAGCCAAGGAUCAGCGCACGGUCUGUCACUCCAAGCAGCACACCUUUAAUUAUGCGUAACUUUAAGACUUUAGAAAAUUUAAACAGGUGAGUGAUAUAAAAAUUCACCCCCUGUACAGUGGUCAUGAAUGGGCAAAUUAGCUACAGAGACCAAAACUGUUUUUAUACCAGGCUGUAAACAUUGGCAUUUUAACAUGGUCGUAUAUCAUGAUAGACUCACUUCUGGAGACAGCCCCAAGUGGCCAUUAAAGGAACUGCAGUUUUCGGCACUUCCACGUCAGCUUCAUUUUUCAGCCCUGGAGUGUUGCUGCUUAAUUUUACCUUAAUAAAUGACUAAACAAUGAGUCAUUUGUAAGAUUUUUUGACAAUUAAAUUAACAAACUAAUUCUUGCAUCCUUAGUGUUGAAUGGUUUCACCUCCAAUGAAUUCAUUCCAAUUGAUUGCUAAGAUAGCGUAACGUAGAGCAGUGGUUAAUUCCAGUUAAUAGCUUAGAUACCAUGAACUCUUGUGCGUUUUAGGCAGCCAUACAUGAGUUUCCAGUAAUAAAUUAAUAAUUAAGUCAAGUGAAAUAACUAUCUCAAACUUUGUCUCUAUUUUCGUGUCAUAAGUGUGAUGUCUCACAGUUCUCUCCAGGAAACUUUCAUCAUGAUAAAGGGAUUUAAAAGACCUGUAAAAAUAAAGUGAUACCAGAAAAUAUCAGAUUUUAUGUGUGGAAAAAAUUACAUUUUUGUUCAGAGUUCCCUCGUAGCGAAACCCGGAAAAAAAAAUGGUUUUGUUGGUUCUGUCGACAGAGAUUUAACUCAUCUGAUGAUACUUUAAAAAAUGACCAAACCUCCAUUGCAGAAAUGACCGUUUUUGCACUCUCAAAAUUUCACCCAAGCAGACGUUGAGCGUGAGGUAAAGACUUGUCUGUCCCAGUGCUCCUCACACUCGCUGUAUACACCAGUCUGUCACACGGUUAUUAAAUGCACUUGCUUCUACAGUAGUUGGGAUGGGACUUGUAAUCCAAGGUGCCUGCUGGGACUUGACUUGCCUGUAGAUAGUCUUUUUGGGGGGUGGGGGGUGGGGGUUUAGUUAGAACAUCAAGGGCACUGGAAACCUUACUGGGAUUAGUUGUAUAAAAAAAGCUUCUGCUGAGUUCUUUGUGCAACCUGUCUGUUUGUGCCUUUUUUGAUAGUCUUGAUAUCCAAGAUUUGAUGUGCAGCUUUUGUUCAGUCGGGAAUCCGUUUGUAAUCGCAGUAUACGCUCUUAAAAAUGAACACAAUCAAGUCUGAGGGUGGGAGGGGUCGCGGGGGGGUAUCCUUAUCUUUCAGUUAUGUAAAUUUUAAAGAGGUUUGUUGCCACAGCUGUGUGAUUUGUGACUGUAUUGAAAAGAUGAAAAGCAAACAUUUAUAUUUUUUUGCGUUACCCUUUUUUUCUUUCUGGGGGAUGUUUUUGUGCAGAUAUUUUUAUUGUAAAAUGAAUGUUAUGUUUCUAUCAGACACUAAUCUUGUUUGAGUUGUCUCCAGUGGAACUACUUCACUCUGUAUGUUUUGAUCAGUAUAAACCUUUAAUUGUGUAGUUAACAUUUCUGAAAGAGAAAAAAAAAAAUAAGAUCCUUGGUUGUAUUUUAAAGGUUCCUGUUUGACCUGCCAUAGACAUCGUUUGAAUUGAUCGGUCAGUUUUACUUUGCUGUCGUGUGAAGGAUUUGACUUGAACGAAGCAUUUCUUUGCUAUUAUUAAAGACUGACUGCCACUUUGAAAAAAAAACAACUGUUUUUUAAUGUUUGGUUUAUUGUUUUUGUUUUUUGCAACUCUGCCAUGACAUUUAAAUAGACGUUCAUUAAAAACACUGUACCUUCAUUAA